AUGCCUACAUUUGAUCUUGUGUAUGAAAGAACACCAACGUUAGAGGUUCGAGCAUCUAAAUCGUCAGACGACUCCAGUGAAACAUCUGACUACUGUAAAACACACCCCAACUCCGAUCAGUGUGAAAAACCUGUUAGUGAUAAUAGUGUUACCAUUGCUUUAUCUAUUGUGUUACCAUGUCUUGCUAUAGUUGCCGUUCUUGGGUAUUUUCUUUAUAGAAACUACCGUAAGGAUAAGAAGGAAAGUUUAGAACAUGAUCCAGACUUUGAUGAAAAUGGAGAGGCUACUGCAUUACCGGAUUAUCCCCAAAUGAAAGAUUAUCAAGAAGAUCCAUUCCAUAAUAGAAACUCCGUUAGAUAUCCAAUGGACUAUUCUAAUAAUAAACCAUACAGCAAACAAUAUGAAAGAGCUUCAAAGCAACAACAGCGUCCACUAGACCCAUAUUUAGAUAGUUUUGUUUUGCCAUAUCAACAUCAAACUGGAUCGAAGCUUUCUCUAGAUGACUAUGCAAGAAAACUUGGUGAUCUGCAAGGUUAUCAAACCCCUUCCAACGUGGGUUCUAGAUCUAGAUCAGGUUCUAUGCAUCUUGAUGGAAAUCUCAAACAUACAAUGGCAGAGGGCCGUGGCCAUUCCAGAAAACCAUCUUCAGCCAAGAGCCCAAGUAAAAAGAAGGAUGGUAAACAAUAUACCAACAUUCCGAAUGAUUCUGACCCUUCCAUCGCUGAGCCAAAUGCAAGAGAUAUAGGACGUGGUGUACAAGAGGAGACAUCUGACGAAUCAGAGAACUAUUCUUCACCAGAAGAGAAAUUUGUCGUGUCCUAUGAAAAUGAAUCUGUUCCUAACGUGAAUAACGACGUUCCACAGAUAUUUGUUAGCGAAGAAAAUGAAGAAUCAACUGAAAACUCCAACUCUCCAUUUGAUGAUCAGCAAGAUCAGGCCACAAACACUACUGAGUCAACAAUGGAGACUAUCCCUCAUACAAAACAAGCAGCUACUAAUAAUUAUGAUGAUGGUGACUUUACAUUUUCAACUGAAGGUGAUACUCGAAACACAACAGCAACUGAACAAUUAACAACUUCUAAACCGCGAUCUCCAAGAAUAUCUGCAUUCAAUUUGUUGAAGAACGAUAGCGACAAUGAAGAGGAAGAGAACGAAGAUGACAAUGACGAUGAAAUGAACGAAUUAAGUCCGGAACAACAAGAAGAACUUAAACGUAUGAAAUCUGUUUAUAAAGUUUAUUUCGACAAAGAAGUUACUGGGGAAGCGGCACCAACUAGGAAAUAUGAAAUUGAUGAAAAUUAUCCUCCUGUACCAGAUAAGAUUAACGAUGAGUUGAAGAUGGACACUGAAUAUGCUAAAAGAUUUAGUAACACUUCCUCUGUAUAUCAAGAGCACGAUGAACAGCAAUUUGUUCAACAACACCAACAGUAUUAUUACGACCAAUUCAAUCAGCAAUAUCAACAAGAAUACGGUUCUCCGGUCGAUCCACAAUUAUACCAACAAUUCCAAGAACAACAGUACUAUAAUUAUUAUGAACAGCAACAGCAACAACGUAUUAAGGAAUCCAAAAGACCAUUACCAGCAUUGCAAAAAAUACCCCGUCCAUCAGACAUUAGAAAAUCUACUUUACAAACUUAUACUGAUUUCAAACCAAGCAUGAAAAACCAAACUGUGACGUCUUCACCUACUGGAAAGUUACCAUUUGUUCCGAUAGAGAAUGAUGGAGUAUGGACAUCACCUGUAAAUUCACCAUCAAUACAGUCACAAGCUUCAUUCCCACUGCAACAUCAACAUUCCAUCCAACCAGAUGGCUAUUUUCCAUCAGCACAACACCAACAACCAUCAUCAUCAUCAUCAUUGACGCAACAACAACAAAGAAAUGUGUCCCCAUCAACAAAUGUACCUUCAGCUUCACAGAUGGCUAGAUCAUCAGUGGUUAUGUUAAAUCCAGUGACAGAAAUCACUAAACAAAGAAAAUUCAAACCAGCUGGAUCAAUACCUAGAAUCAACAACAAUCCACGUCCCGGAUAUCAACAAUUUGGUCAUAGCGACUUGAAUGGACCGGAAAGUGAUUUGCUUCCAGGUAAUAGAAAAAGUGAUGUUAGAAGAAUGAUGAAUAGUAAUUUUUAG